CUUACUUAGUCGUGAAGCCGAGGUGGAUACUGCGUAAGCUGUCAGUGGCCCUGAUAAACCCAACACAGAAGCAAGGAAAGACAGAAUAAGAGCAGCAAAUGUCAGUUUCACCUUCGGAUCACCUCAAUGGUGCCAGGAAGAGGUUAGAGGAGGCUCUUGGCCCUGAUAAGAAAGUCAAAUAUUUUUACCAUAUGAAACAGUGGUUCAGAAUGAGGAUAACAAAAGAAGAAUUUGACAAGAAUGCAAGGGAUCUCUUGGCUCUCAAUUCUGUGCACCUGCACAAUGAGUUUCUACUAGCUAUCCUUACCAAGUGCCAGCUUUUUACUUCUUCCUCAAUUUCUCGUUCUGACACUCACCACCGCCAUGAUGAUCAGCGCAUGGACUUGAGUGGAGGAACUUCAGGACCUCGUGACCAUGCUUCUGUUAAUAUUUAUUCUGUGCCACCAUCUGACCGCAAAAAAAUAAAACCCAAAAAGAAACUAAAGGCUACACGAGCUAUACAAGAGAGUUACUUUGAGGCAGUGAGUGUUCAAGAUAUUGCUGCCACAGCUACACUCCAUGAGCCUCAGGCCAUUACAGAUGCAGGUGCUGGGUACAUGUCACGCACAAUGUGCUUGCUGGACACUGGACCCCUCAAGGGUCGUUUAUUACUAGCAGCUUGGGACCAUGGUAUUACACAAGUGGCAGAUAAUGUAGCUAGCAUGCUUCAAGAAGCAACUCAGCAAUGUUUAAAGAACGUAUUGAUGGCAGUGAUAAGCAGACGUCGAGGAUAUCGUAUCAGAGAAGGGUGCUUUGUUCAUUCAUUAGGCACCACUCCUCCAAACCCUUGGUUGAGAAACACAGCUUCUCUCAAUGACUGGGCAUCAGAGAGGUACAAAAACAUGUUCUACCUUGUCAUUCUGUGUAUGCACUUGGGACUGAGAGAAUAUCUUCCCGACUGUGGCAUCCUGGCUGGGGAGAAGUGGAACAAGAAGCCAUUGCUGUUCAAGAAGCUUUACUUAGAGAAACUUUGAAAGAACAUAGACUUGCUGCAAAUCCUGUUACUUGAUUGACUUAUAAAACAAUAUGCCAUAAUUUAUUUUAAUAGUUGUUUUUAAAGAGUUAUGCCUUUUAUUAACUUUAAGGGGGUAUGCCUUGAGACUGGCAAAAGACUCGUGAUCCAAGGAAUUGGACCAGUCUCUUUUGAAUCAGACCUGAUUACCUCUCAUUUCCAAGGUAUCAUAUGAACCUCUUAAGCGUCUUUGAAUGGCACAGAAGUGUCGACAUAUUUUCUAAACCCUAUGUUUAAAUUCAGCUGACAGGCAGAAAGUCAAAUCUUUUCGUAACAUUAAACUAUAUUGAGUAUUGGACCUGAAGGAGAUAUCAUUGUAACUAUUAACCUGUGUGAAACUUGUCAUUCAGUGUAGAAAAUGAACCUUUAACAGCCAACUAAAGUAGUUUUUAUACACACCAUUAACUAUCAGUCUCCACAAAUAAAUUAUUAAUACAGGAGGGCCUUGCUUUACAGUUUUGCUAAUACAGCAGUUUUCAGUUACACCCAUUCUGUAUUUAUUCAGGCUACUGACAAUAAAUAUAUUUAAACACUAUAAGCUAAGUAUGAAAAUAUUUUAAGGUUAAGUAAUGUGUGUACUCUAUGCACAACUGUUAGGCCUAGUUCUGUUGCUUGCUGAACCCUUAAACUGUCCAAACGUAGAUCUAUGUUUUUUCGACAUUUGAAAGUAUGUAAAAAAAUGUAGAUUUUUUUUUUUUACAUUUGAAAACAUGUAAAAAAAAACUGUAGAUCUACUUUUGGAGCACUAUGCAUGUGAACGUAAAUCUGUUUGGACAGUUUAAGGGUUAAUGUAUGAUAUCCUUUUUUCACUUUCAAAUACAUAUUUAGGCUAUGUUUCACUUGAUAGCGAUUUUUGCUUUACAGUCGUGGCCCAGAACCUAACCUACUGUAUAAGCAGAGCCCUCCUGUACAAAUAUCUGUUGUCUCUAUUAUUGGAAUGCUUGUAAACAAGAACUCUACAUCAAAACUAACUACAAAAGAAUUUAAACUAUCAUAGUGAUAGGUUUAAGAAAGUAAAGGAAGUUUCUUAACCCUUAAACUGUCCAAAUGUAGAUCUACGUUUACGCAUUUGAAAGCAUGUAAAAAGAAAAACGUAGAUCUAUGUUCGGAGCGCUACGUGAGCAAACAUAGAUCUACGUUUGGCAGUUUAACCCUUUCAGGGUUUCAGCCGUACUAGUAUGGCUUAUGCACCAGGGUUUUUGACGUACUAAUACGCCUAAAUUCUAGCGCCCUCAAAUCUAAUGAGAGAAAGCUGGUAGGCCUACAUCUGAAAGAAUGGGUCUAUGUGGUCAGUGUGCGUGGUAUAAAAAAAAUCCUGCAGCACACAGUGCGUAAUAAGAGAAAAAAAAAAAUUUGACCGUGUUUUUGGAUUAAAACAGCGACUUUGCACUGUAUUUUCGUAUGGUAUUUAUUGAUGUAUUCUAGUUUUCCUGGUCUCAUUUUAUAGAAUGGAAAACAUAUUACAGAAAUUGAGAUGAUUUUGACUGGUUUUACAAUGAAAAGUACCUUGAAUUGAGCUCAAAGUAGCAGAAAUGUUUGAUUUUUACCAAAGUUCAAAAUUAAACAAAUCAUGCUAUGCGUCCAAUACACGUCAACUGGCGAGUCUAAUAUUCUUUCACAAGUGCACUGAUAUUAUUUAUACCAUUUCUACACUAAUGCAGUAGUCUGCAUAACAGUAAAUCUUCUAUUUUUUUGUGAGAAUAAAAAUUCAAAGUGAAAAGCAAAGAAUGUAAGAGGGCCAUGGGGACGCGACUAAUGAACAGAGGAAAUGUUAUUUUAGUGCCAGGAAUGUCUUUCUUGUUUAUUCUGGACCCUAUUCAGAAAUUGGCAUCUCUUGAAAUGUGUGUGAAAUUGGCAAAAUUGCUAAAUUCUGACCACUGUAUUGGAUAGUUGAAAUCGGUAAAUGGGUGGUUUCUUGUACUCAUUCGAUAGAAAAAAUGGAGUUCUAGCGAAAUUAUGAUUUUUGUCGACUAGUACACUGGAAUUGACCGAAAAUAGGGCUCAAAGUGGGCAAAAUCGCCGAUGCUUAAACAUUGUCUAGACCGCUAACUUCGUGAGAGCAUAAUUCUGUAAGUUUUUCAUCAAAUUUCAUACUUUUGGUGUCAUUAUGAUCAGGAAAAGAUUCUCUAUCUUUUCAUAAGAAAAAAUAAUAAUUUUUUUUUUUUUUUUUUUUGAAAUUUGGGCGACCCUGAGAACAAGUCUCUGAGAGGCCCUGUCGGCCCUGAAAGGGUUAAGAGUUAAUAGUGAGCCCAUUUUGACAUGCAGAGGGUGGUCAAAUUAUUAGAGCCACAUAAAUAUAGCAUAUAUGUCAGUUUUAAACAUUUUACAUUGACUAUCCUUCAAAAAUGUUGAAUGAAUAAAUACAUUUAUGGUGGGACACAGUUUACUUGAAGGUAUUCCACACAUGAAAUGUAACACAGAGGUAGUGGGGGAGAGGUUUAUAAAUUGUGUAGUGUUGCUGAGACCAAAUCAGUGUCCUGGAACUGAGAGUGGAAGGUUGUGUGCAGUGUUAUAGUUGCCAAAGUGAACAUUAAGCACCUUAAAAGAGGAUAUUUAUACAUUGUAUUUACAUUUGUUUAAAUGUGUUUGGUAAUAGUCAUUCCUUUUAAUUUUUUAAUUCUUUUUUCUUACAGAAGCUGUACUAAAAAAUCAUAUUUUCAUAAAAAUGGGUGAAACAAAAGACAUAAUCACCAAAAAAGAGGAAUCAAAUUCAUGUGUUACUUAUAGAAACAGGUUACUCUUAUAGAAAAAUAGCUGAAAAGGUGAAAGUUUCAAGGAGUAUUGUUGAUAGGUUGGCAUUACAGUAAUUAUUAACAAUGGAAGAAAUAAUCCCAGCUUCACCCGAAGGCAAGCUGAUAAAGUGAUAGAAAAGGAUAACUCAAAGAGCAAACCAACUUAUUGAAAAGAAGCUACUUGCCAACAGAAGACUGCCAAUUACCUGGAGAGGGUUUCGGGGGUCAACGCCCCCAGGGCCCAGUCUGAGACCAGGCCUCAUGGUGGAUCAGAGUCUGAUCAAUCAGGCUGUUACUGCUGGCCGCACGCAGGCUGACAUACGAACCACAACCCGAUUAGUCAGGUACUGACUUUAGGUGCCUGUCCAGUGCCUUCUUGAAGACAGCCAGGGAGCAACUUAAAAUAUCAAAACACAAUCGACAAACAGCUAGCUCCUAGACGCAUAUGAACGGAACGCUGGGACUGGGGUGACAGAGGAUGGUGGUAUGUCUCUCCCGUGGAGACAGUGGUCUCACCCAUAAGAUGGCGGUAGCCUGAGCUAGGGAAAUACCCCACAGGCAAUGCUCCAAAUUUUUUCCCCUCCCACAAACUGAACCAUGUUAAUUUUAUGAAUUGUAUAAAAUUAUGCCACAAUUUUUCAAUGGUGUAAUAACCAAAACAUGUCAAAUAAAUCCGUGUAAUAUAAGGGUCUACUGUAAAAGCCUGAUAACAUGUUUACACUAUCAUAUAUUUAGUGAGCAAUAGAGAUAGGCCUUAACAAUACAUAUACAAUUCACAUAUUACCUUAAAAUAUUUUCAUCCUUGGCUUAUAGUGAGUGGUGAAUAUAUUUAUGGGUACUCCUCACUUAAUGACCAAGUUCCACUCCUAAGAGUAGAUUGGUAGGCAAAUUAGUCAAAGUGAGGAGCAUACUGUACCGGUAGUGGGUUUGUCAACCGUCUUCAGAUAUUGUUUUAAUGUCACCUUUGCACCAUUUAUAACAUUUUUAGUAUAUUUUUAAAUGUUUAUACAGUAAUGUACUGUAAACUGUAAUAAACAGACCAGAGGAAAUCAGUUUUAAUAUACAUUACUGUACUUAGGUUAGCAUACUGGUUAGAGAGCUGGUCAUAGGUCUGAGUGGCCAUUAAACAGGUAGGUCAUUAAGUGACAAGUACCUGUAUUGUAGGAAGUCUGAAUAAAUGAAGAAUAGAUAUAACUGAAAACUGCUAUAAAAUAAAGCACCUUAAAGUGGGCCCCUCCUAUAGGUUUACAUGAUGGCCAACGAAAGGGUUAAUAUAGGAGUGUCCUGCUUAUUCAGCACCUUUUCAGUUUUAUGUAUUUUUGUUGGUUUUCAAUCGAACCAUUGUUUAUGUUCAUAUUUUUUUUCACACGACAGUUGCAUAAGGGAAGGGCAACCGGCACCAUACUUUAAAGUAUUAUAUGUACUUUAUAUUUAUUUUACUUUUGUAUCUGUAUUUUAUGCCUAGCUGUACUGCACACUUAACUGUAAACACAUUAACAGGCAUUUUAGAUGCAUCUGAUAUUAAAAAAAAAAAAUGCUAUUUUUCCACUUGCUGGCAAUUUUUGCUUAUCACCCGGAGUUGGAAACCUAACAGCCAUAAAACAGGGCCCUCCUGUAAUAGUUAUAGGGGCAGAGCUAUACGUGUACUAUACAGUAGAAUCCUCGUAACCACAGUUUGUUAUCCACGGGUUACUGUGGCCCAAAAAUAACCCUUAAUUUUGCAUAAUAAUGGCCCCAAAGUGCAGAAGUAGUUAUGUUGGCAGGUCUUCAAAGCCUAAAAGGAAGCCUUGAAGUGCUUCCCAUCUGUGAAAAAGUGCUGAUUCUCUACUUAUUAUGCAUACUUUAUCAAUUAAACUUUAUCAUAGGUAUGUUAUUUUAUAUAACCGGACUUGAGUCCUGCAAAUGGGAAGUACAAUGCCUGCACUCUAAAGGAGGGGUUUGGGAUAUUGGCAGUUUGGAGGGAUAUAUUGUGUAUUUUUAUAGGUAUAUACUUCUAAGCUGUUGUAUUCUGGGCACCUCUGCAAAAACAGUAAUUAUGUGUGAAUGAGGUGAAAGUGUUGAAUGAUGAUGAAAGUACACCUACCAUCCGACUUACGACCUGCUCGACUUACGACCGUGUUUUUUAUGCCAAAUUUCUGGGAAAUAAACAACUAUUUGUGUUGUA